AGAGCCCAGCACCACCCACCUGAAGAGGUCUCCAAACUUGCUUCUCAGGUGACUACAGGACACGUACAGAUCAUAGAGAGGAAACAAAAGCAGAAGCACUGAGAGCGUCACCUGGAACCGGCAGCUGUCUCUGGCUAAGAAACCAGCUCAGAGCCAGCGGAAGGUCUGUGGCAGGACUGGGAUGCAGCGCUGCUCCUCCAGCCCCUCCUCGCUCCGUGGGAUUUACGCGGGACCGCUCCUGCCUGCCCCCACGGCGCAGAGCUAGAGGAACCGCCACGGACCCUCGCUCAGCAACACCCCAGCGGGUCAUCGCUUCUCAACAGCGCGCUACGGGAGGGGGAAAAAGACGAAGUGCAAUGAAAGUUGCAACUAACUUCAGCUACGCUAGAAACGACAGCAACUGCACCAGCGACAACAAAAUCAGUCAAGUCAUUUUUCCUUUGCUUUAUACAAUUCUGUUCCUGGUGGGUAUCACCAUGAAUGGCCUGGCAAUGUGGGUCUUUUUUAAAAUAUCCAGCAAAUCCAAUUUCAUCAUUUUCCUCAAAAACACUGUCAUUUCUGACCUCCUCAUGAUCUUGACUUUUCCAUUUAAAAUCCUCAGUGAUGCAAAGUUGGUAUCAUGGGUACUGAGAGGAUUUGUGUGCCAGGUCACCCAGGUUGUAUUUUACUUCACCAUGUACAUUAGCAUUUUGUUUCUUGGUCUAAUAACUAUCGAUCGCUACCAGAAAGCUGCUUCGCCAUUCAGAACAUCAACACCAAGAAGCCUUUUAGGUGCCAAGAUCCUGUCCACAGCAAUUUGGAUAUCAAUGUUUGCUCUUUCAUUACCCAACAUGAUUCUAACGAACAAGAAGAAAACAUCUGAGAACGUAAAAAAAUGUGCUGUCUUGAAAUCUGAGUUUGGCUUAGUCUGGCACGAAAUCGUAAACUAUAUUUGUCAACUUAUCUUCUGGGUUAAUUUAGCAAUCAUAGUUGUAUGCUACAUACUCAUAAGUAAAGAACUGUACAAAUCCUAUAAAAGGACAAGAUGCGCAGGAAAGGCGACCACAAAGCCUGUAAAUCUGAAGGUUUUCAUCAUUAUAGCAGUGUUCUUUAUUUGUUUUGUGCCGUUCCACUUUACCAGAAUCCCCUACACCCUGAGCCAAACAAGAGAUGUGUUCGAAUGCUCUGCUCAGAACACCUUGUUUUACUUGAAAGAGAGCACGCUGUGGCUGACGUCGCUAAACGCUUGCCUAGAUCCAUUCAUAUACUUUUUCCUUUGCAAAUCAUUUAGAAAGUCCUUGCUAGACAUGCUGUGCAAGCACAGAGGAUCGUUAGAACUCAGAGCACAGAUGAAGGAGCAGAAUGAAGGAGAUGACACAGACGAGACGCCGUUCUAGAGCCAAGACCUACCCAUACCCCCUGCUGGGCCACACACGUUCAUUGGUGGGCAGAAGCACAAAUCCUGCGGAAGAAUACCUAGAAUUUCACCAACUUCUUUAGAAAUUGUCCUACAGAUGAAGCACAGGCACCCUGGAACCGUCACUGUUCGCAAAAAUGGUGAAACUAGAAAUCCUGAAUAAAACAACAGCACCACCUGCUCACAGCCUCCAUGACUGUCAGAGUUACUAGGAAAAAGUUUGAAAUUAUAGUUGGAGCUGUAAGAAAAAAAAUUAAACAGUCUUGUAAUGCUACAGAUGAUAUUGUGACCUGCAAAGAUUUUGCAGAAAUGGCUUAAACUUGGGCCAGAGUAAAGUCCAUGGCAACACAAGAUCUGGGAAAUGCAAGUAAAACCCACACUGUGGCUUUUUUUUAAAUACGGGGAGUUGUCAUCUUGUAUGCAACUGGCUGAAAUACAGGACAUACGCAGAUACGCUAUUUAUCUCUGCAGAUUUUUGGUAACAGAAUAACAUUUUGCUUAUGUCAUUAUA